CACCUAACAAUUGUUUAAAUAGGAUUUUCAUGUGCAGAAAGCUGCAAGUUUCAAACAACAAAGAAGUUUCAGGACUUUGUUCUUUGAUACAUUCUAAUACAUACAAAUCUGCAUAAAUCUGUCAGCAUUUUAAAAAAUUACAUUACCACGAAGUCUCAAAGGGCGUAAACUAAAAACACAAACCUGAAAUAAAUUCAUGUUCCAGGAGCAUUCAGACCUCUGUAGUUUUGUGUCAAAAUGGCUACCAAAAAUGUUGCAGACGACACAAAAAUCGAGUAAUAGUUGAAUAUAUUGUUAUAUCUGUUUAACAAUGGCAACUAAAAUUCAGUCCAAUGUUUCUUCCGAUGUUACGGACAUAGAUAAAUGUAAUGAUGAAGUGGAUCCACGUGUACAGAUUGAAUUAGAACGUCUAAACACUGCAACUGAUGACAUUAAUAAACUUGAAGUAGAUUUGGAUGAAGCAAGAGCUGCAUUCCGUCAACUGCUGUGCGAAUCAACUGUUCGUAUUGACAGCCUGGCUAAGAAACUUGGAGCCUGCAUCGAUAGAGCGCGGCCUUAUUAUGAGUCACGCAUGAAGGCCAAAGAGGCGCUACAGGAUACUCAGCAAGCCGCAGUGAGAUUUGAGAGGGCGAACUCUGCUCAUGCAGCUGCAAAGGAGAUGGUGUACUUGGCAGAAGAGGGCCUCAGUACAGAGGGGCGAACAUUUGACCAUGCAUGGCAAGAAAUGCUGAACCAUGCGACUAUGAGGGUGAACGAGUCGGAGCGAGAGAGAACACUGAGUGAGGUGGAGCAUCGCCGCACCUCACAGUCCUACCACCGCGCAGAGAUGCGUGUUCAGCAACUACAGAAGGAACUCAAAAGGGCCAUUGCCAAGUCCAGCUUGAAUGCACGUCGCAGCUUGCUGCAGAUUAACAGUCUAGCCUAUCAGCAUCAGCUGCAACUCCUGCCGUACUUUGAGAUGAAAGCUCAGUUCAACCAAAUGCUGGAAGAUGAGAAGAAGCGUGUCAAGAGCUUGGAGCAGCAAGUUGGGCAUGCCAAGAUGAGCUAUGCAGAGGCACUGAGGAACCUUGAACAGAUCAGUGACGAGAUACACAGGACUCGAAAGUAUGAGGGACUGAUCGCAAGUGGAGGUGAUCCUCUGGGUGCACGAGGGGCUGGUGUUGGGGCCGACUCUCCGCUACCUCUCGUUGCCAGUUCUCCGGACACAAACAAUGCUGAACCUCUGUCCCACAAGGUCUCUCCUUCUGGUCUCAGCUCAUCCUCCGCACCAGACACAGACAUGUGGUCUGAUUCCACUGGCACAGGGCCCCCUGACUCAGACUCUGGGGAGGAGUUUCUGCGCCUUCCUGAGAAACUAGGACCAAAUGCAUCACCUGUUGUUUCCAAGGGUGAUAAAGAAACUGGCUUACGUACGUCUGAAUACAUGGGUCUCCCUGAUCUUUCUGGAAGUAAAAGCAUGUCAGCUGAGAACACAAGCAUCAUUCAACAGACCGCACAGCUGACAAUACGAUCACAAAACACAUUGCAGUCUGUGUCAAUGUCACCAAGACAUAGCAUUGCCAACAAAUCAGCAUUAAAGAUUAUGGAGACAAGUUUUGUGGAUCAACGUCAAGUAUCGACACAGAUGGAUUCUGAUCCAUUCUUGCAACAAGGAGAUGAUGGCCAGGCCGAUGACAGCGGUGGUGGCGGUAGUUCUGAAAGUGAGGAUAGGAAUAGUUCAGCGGAGAGUCCACUGCUUCCACGGAACGACUCUAAUGAUCAGAUCUGGACUGAGAUUAGCCUUGUUGAUUCUCCAGAGGAAUCGUCACAAACGUUUGCAAAAAUGGGGUCAGUUGCCUCCAGACACAUUGACAGGGACUAUAUUCAGUACUCCCCAUUGAUGGACCAGAUGCCAUCCACAACUAUGCAGAAUGACUUGACAACAAAGUCUGAAUCAUCUGGUUUCACCAGUGUUCUUAAGAAUCCAUUCCUACCUGCAGCGAGCUUCCCUGAGAGAACAUUCCAACAACUCAGCCCCAAGUUACUGAAGAAAACAGUUACCAUCUCUCAGAAUACCUCUCCAGUCAUACAGGCUUCUGAAAAUGGACAGAUGUGGGCUGAAACAGCUUCAAAAAAAUACGAGGAACACCCUUUGUUAUCAGAGAACUCAGAUGGACAAGUCACAAAGCCGGAAGAGAGAACUGCAGUUGGCCACAUAGUGACAAAGGCCAAACUGGACUCCAGCAUAUCCGGAUGGAUAUCACGGUCAACAGCAUCAGCCGAUAUCAGCGAACAGAACCAGGGGAACUUGAACCGGCGUCAGAGUCUGGACACACUUCUGUGGGGAGGGCCCACUACUGAGAGAGUCAAGGAACUGCUGUCCCAUGGCAUGAUGAUGCUCAAUAUAUCAUCGCUUACUGAAAGGCGAGCCAGUGAGCCACGAGCAGUGCCUGAUAAAGUGGAGCAAGACAACAAAAUUAGUGCAGAGGGGAAGGGAAGUAUCCUCACCAAGAAAGUGCCAUCACCGCUGGAGAAGUCUAUGACAUACCUCAAUGCUGAAGACGACUCAACAUCUGACAGUGAGAGUCUUGCUAGUGUGGAGAUGUUAACUGAUGACCAGAUUUCAUCAUUGAUGUUGGAUCAGGAGAUACAAGAUGCGUGUGAAGAAGUUUUAGGAACACCCAUAUCAGAAAUAUCACCGCUUAUCCAAGACCUGAAGCAACGUGAGGAACAACAGUCGCAACAAACGCCACAGCAUAAAAGGAAGGCAGUUACCGCAACACAUACUCGUCUAGAAACAAGCAAAGAGUAGAGAAGGACGAACCUGUUCUUCUGAAGCUUACAUUUCAUUUCACAUUGUCAUUGGGAGAGUGAUGCUGUUCUACUGUCCUUGUACAUCUCUUCCAGUCAUCCAUAUCAAAGAUUCGCCACUGCAGAAUUGACUUACACCAGAAAAUCACGGUUAUGGUAGAGUUUCAGAGACGACGACGAACGUUAUAAACUUUUAUAUUGGUAUAAAAUGAAAAAUGUAUCAGAUGCGUAGCAUAUUGUAUGUCAUUGCAAAUACAGAGUGCUGUACUUAGAAUGUAAAAGAUAAUUUUUUAAUUCUAUUUAUAUAGAAUGUUCUUCAGAAGAACAUCGACACUGCCGCUGUGACAAUUUCAGAUCUCGCACUGUGGAGGUCCUUCAAAAUUUUUAAAACUGGCAGAAAUCACGUGUUGUGUAGCAUCACUGGGAUCUGGACCAACUACAUAGGACUUCAGACUCUGUGAACACGCUGUCUGCCACAUAUUCAAGUAGAGUGGGUUCAAAAAGAACUGCAAUUAACCACGACAAGAUUCAAUAUGAAUAGCAAUUGUAAAGUUUCUCAGGAAUGUAUUCCUUCAUAUUGUUUCUCUGCGCUUUAUUUUUAAACUGUAUAAUUUUAAUUUAAUGCCAAAGAUAAAACUUGGAUAUAUCAUAUUAAACUACUAAGCAAUACAAAAGUCCUUCUGAAGCAAUAUUCCAUAGCAAUCAAGUGACAUGGGCUUGUGAUUACUCAUCAUGUUUCACGCGGUUCAUCUGCUCUGUUGUCCGAGAAAAACAAUACGCAGGCUCAUGGAAGGCAGUGAAUGAAUGAAUUUUGUGUUGAAAUUAGCCAUUCGAGUGAUCCUGUAGCCUCUUAUGUAAGAAGGUGGUUCCACAUGGAAAUCUGUUACUAAAUAUGUCAGAUGAUAAUUAAUUAAUUUUAACUUAAUUUAAGGGCCCUUUAUAUGCUACAUUUUAGUGUAUUAUGCAUGACAAGGAACAUUUAAUAUUACUGUAUUCCACUGAAUUAAACAUGGCAAAGCAUGUAGUGAAUAACAAACAAACAAACAAGUUAAGAUUGACUACGCAUUAAACAAGGAACGAGUCUCGUCUAUACGCGGCAAAUGAGCAGACAAAAGACUGAAACUGAUGUGACUAGGAGACAGGGUAGCUCAGAUCUCUGGCAGACACAAAGAAUUAUUAUUGUAGCCUCCGCAUCCAGACUGGCUACGGGGUCCCUUCCUUUGGGGGGUAAAGCAUAGCACCAUUCACAUCCACCUAGUGCCAAAGUCAAGAACGAGGUGCUACAAUUCCUAAUCCCCAAGCAACUUCAUGGCAAAUAGUGGGACAGUUUACUUUUACUGAUGAGCCUGAUAUUAAGAAUGAUGAAUAUAAUUCAUGUGAUGAUUUUAUUCCUUUUUCAAAUACCAUAAUGAGCAAUUCUCUAUUUACGCACACUGUAGUAUCACCUAUAAACCCACAGAAACAGCUUGCACCUUAGUUUGCUUGCAGUGUUCUUACUCCCAAACAUUUAUAGUCUAAUCUAGCCACUUGUACUUCCAUCUCUCUACUUCGUUGCUCUUCACGACAACCCUCCUUGCCUCACGCAUCAGGUCGUGCAAGGUACAUGGUGCAGGGCCAUUUCUGUCCGUUUAGUAUCACCCCUGCUUGUCCUAGUGGUUCUGAUGGCAUACACAUGUGGAGCCUGUACUGCCUUCAAGACGUCGAGCUUAGUCGCAGACGGUCUUUUCUCAAUUUAAAAGAUCAAGACCGAUGAUCAUUUCCAUUAUUUUUCAGUCUUGAAUGGAAAACUAAAAUCAAUUUCCAAACCACCGAAACACGUUAACAGUUUACAUGAGGCGUAGGUGGUACUGGUAUGAAUCGUGAAUUGUUUCAAAGAUCAGCCACAGACUUUGUAACUUCCAGCUGUGCUAAUAGAUUUUUUUUUUAAUAAUUGUGUUGCUUUAACAUCAAGAACCUAACUGAAGCACUGUUUUACCAAAAUAUAAGACUUAAUUUUUGCUUAACGAAAGCUAUUGCUGUAAAUACAUAUGUAUAUACAAUGAGAAGGUCUGAAUAAAAAUACAAGACAUGUUAGUGUA